CCCCUGCCCACCCCCUGCUCACCCCCUGCUGGCCAUGGAGACGUGGUCGGUGGGCGACAGAGUGGCCGACAGACACGGAAAUACGGGAUCGGUGCGGUUUGUGGGCGAGACAGAGUUUGGUCAGGCUGGCGAGGUGUGGGUCGGACUGGAGAUGGACGCCAGGGUCGGGUCAGGCGACGGCUCGGUCGACGGCGUGGCCUACUUUGCCGCCAAGUCCAAGCACGCCAAGUUUGUGCGCCCGGGCAUGAUCUCGGCCGAGGCAUCGACACCGAUGACGCCGAUGACGCCGCAGCUCUCGCGCACGUCGUCCAUGGCCUCAGACUUUGGAACCCAACCGCUCUCGCCGGCCGUCCGCGCACGGAUCCCGCCACACAUCGCCCAACGGCUCGCCGCCGUCGGCUUGCCCUCGCUCCCUCAGCUGAAGCAGGCCCAGUCAAAGGUUGCGCUCGGCUCGCGUGCCGCAGACCGCGACGGAAACCUGGGCACGGUCCGGUUUGUCGGCUUUACCGACUUUGCGCCCGGCGUGUGGGUCGGACUCGAGCUCGAUCGCCCACGCGGCAAGCAUAGCGGCUCGGUCGACGGUGUCCCGUACUUUACUGCUGCACCCAACUGUGGCAAGCUUGUGCGGGUCGAGAGCGUCCGCGACCCGGCUGAUGUCGCGGCAAAGGCCAAGGCCAGCAGUAGUGACGGUGGCGGCGACGCCGGCCUCGUGCCGGUUGCGGUCGUCACUGCGCCGUCAAACGGUUCGGGCUCAGGCACGGACUCGGGCUCGGACUCGAGUGAGCAGUCGACGGCAUCGACAGCGGCGACGUCAUCAUCCAAGUCGACGGCAGCGUCUGAUUCGGCAGCCGCUGCCUCGGCCGACAACCUCGACGGCAUUGUGGUUGUCGACGAUAGCAGCAACGUCGACGUCCCUCCGAGCGAAUCUAGCAGGUCGCUCCGGCCGUCACGGUCAGUCGAGUCGGUGGCACCUGCCAGCACGCCGCCAGGCUCUCCGCCACAGGCCUCCGCCGCAGCAGCGCGCAUGUUCCCACACCUCCGCAAUGAGAUGCCAUCGCCGAUUGCGCGGCGGGCAUCGAUUGCAUCGCCAAACGCACGGCACCUCCCGCCGCGGAUUCCGGCCUCGUCGUUGGCCAACGUCAACGCCGCGCUCAACAUGGACACUGCACUUCUCGAGGCCUCCAAGGAGCUCACCGGGCCGCGCGACCGCAUGGCCCACAGGCUCAAGCACGUCGCUGACGUCGACGUCCCGUUCCUCCUCGCCGAGAUGCUCGACAACGGCCGGCUCGACGACUCAAGCCUCGUCCCGCUCCUGCGACCGGGCAUGGUCAGCCUCGACCUGCGCGGAGCGACCAAGCUCACCGACGCCGCGUACAUCACCAUUGCCUCGUCGUGCCCGCAUUUGACCACCCUCGUCGCUGCCGAUAGCUCGCUGAGCGACCGUGGCCUCGCCGCGCUCGGCAGUCACGCGGCGUCACUCACCGCGCUCGACAUCUCGGGCAACGAAACUGUGACCGACUCGGGCAUCGAGGCGCUGCUCGGGCCUGGCAUUGUGGCGCUCGCGCGGCUCAACAUGGCAUGGUGCACGCAGCUUACCGACGCUGCGCUCCGUGCGUUUGUAGCGCACAUGCCGCGGACCUCGGCUCGCAUCGACUUUAACGCCUCGGGAUGCUCGCUGCUAACCUGCGCGAGCCUCGCGCGGCUGGCGGCCACCGCCGGCCCGCUCCUCUCGUCGUUUGUGGUCGCGGGCAUGCCCGCGCUCGCUGACGCUGUGCUCGACGCACUUGCCGACUGUUGCCCCAAUGUGCAGCACGUCGACGUGUCGGGCGCCGGCGAGGUGACGUCCCCGGCGCUGAGCCGGGUCUUUGCCACCGGUGCCCUCCUCCGUGACGUCGACGUGGCGCGGACGUCGCUCGACGACACGGGGCUCCUUGCGCUGCACCGGGCUGCGAGCCGGUUGCGGCACCUCGACUGCUCCAACACGGCGAUCACCGACCAGGCAGCGCUUGUCGUCUUUGCCGACCUCCCGCACCUGCGCUCGCUCUCGAUCGCCGGAUGCGCCAGCAUCACCGACGCACCGCUGGCGGUUCUUUACGACACCGCGCCGCAUCUGCGGUCGCUCGACAUCUACGGCUCGCAACAUGUCUCGAUUGCGCUCGUCCGCAAGUUCCGGGCGCGCGGCGUGGUCGUCAUCCGCUCCAAGCACCACAAGCGUGACUGACGACGGCAUAUGACCAUGCGUUAAACAUCCUUUACCGGC